AUGGCCUGCUGCUUCGCCUUCCUGGCUCCGGCGAACCGCGCGAAGCGAGCCCCGGAAGCUCCGGGGGCUCCGAUCGCUCCGGCGAUCGCGGCGCCGGUGGGGCCGCUGCUGCCGCGGCAAGCGGCGGACCGGCUGCGGGAGGGCAACGAGCGCUUUGCGCAAGGCUGCACCGUGCAUGGCGCGAGCCACGAGAUCGUGCGCAAGCAGCUGGAGGCUGUGGCUCAGGCGCCCUUCUCAGCAGUGGUGGGCUGCUCGGACCUGCGGGCGCCUCUGGAGGCGAUCUUCGACGCCCCGGCCGGGGAGAUCUUCGCGGUGAGGAACGCGGGGAACAGCUGCGCGCACGCGGAAGGCAGCCUAGUGGGCAGCCUGGAGCUGUGCACCAGCAAACUCGGCACCAGCCUGAUCCUAGUCCUGGGCCACACGAAGUGCGGGGCCGUGUACGGCGCCACCCGGACCUUCCUCGAGGCCAAGGCGACUUCGGUGUCUACGGCGUUGGAGGGCUUGAUGCAGGAGAUGUCCGCCGUGGCUGAGCAGGCGGCGCUGGAGCAGAGCGGCCGAAGCUUUGAGGAAAUCGCCGCCCAUGCGGUGCGGGUGAACGUGUUCCACACGGUCCACUUCUUAUUGAAGUUCUCGGCGCCGAUCCGGGACAAGGUCCGGCUCGGAAAGCUGGAGGUGCAGGGGGCGAUCUACGACCUCCGCACGGGGCGGGUGGAGUUUCUUGGACCCUCCCCGAGACAAGAGGAGUUCAUGUCCUCGCAGCAGCCGCUGCCCUUGUCAGUGGCCCGGGACACCUGGGUUGCACGGCCAGAGAGCAACGCGGCGACCGCGGCAGCGCGCGCGCUGGAGGUGUUGAAGGAGGGCAACCGCCGCUUCGCGGAGAACCGGUCCAACCGCUGCGCGCGGAGCGCCCUCACGGCUCGCCGCACCCGGCCCUCGCCACUGGCGGCAGUGCUGGGAUGCGCGGACUGCCGGGCGCCGGUGGACACGGUCUUCGACGCACCAGGGGACCUCUUCGUGCUGAGGAACGCUGGCAAUACCUGCACUCAUGCGGAGGGCAGCAUCUUAGGCAGCCUGGAGUUUUGCGCCUCCAAGCUGAACUCCAAGCUGAUCCUGGUGCUGGGCCAUACCCACUGUGGCGCGCUGGCGGGGGCGGCGCAGACCUACCUCAAGCGCCAGGCGGCCGGCGAGCCGUCGAAGCCUGGGGCGCUGGAGGGUCUGCUGACGGCGCUGUCGGCGGUGGCCAAAAGCUCCGCGGAGGAGCUGGGGGGCGGCUUCGAGUUCCGGGACCUGGCACGGCACUCCGUGAAGGUCAACGUGUUUCACUCCAUCAACUUCAUGCUGAGGUGCAGCUCGCCCUUGCGAGAGCUGGUGAAGUCCGGAGGUUUGGAAAUCCACGGGGGCAUCUACCACCUGGAAACGGGCCGCGUGGAGUUCCUGGGCCAGUCACCUCAGCAGGCGGAGCUGCUGCUUUUGCAUUCGCCGUCAGUGCCACAGGUCCACACUUCCGAGGCGCCGAUCUUGGCGCCACCGGCUCUGGAACGGCUCUGGGCGGGCAACCAGCGCUACCUGGGAGGUAUCCACAGGAGCGGCUCCUGUGACCGGAAGGCUUUGGUCGAGAGUCAGGCGCCGCACACGGCCAUAGUUGGGUGCGCGGACGCCCGCACGCCCUUCGAGCUCCUGUUCGAUGCCAUGCCCGGGGACAUUUUUACGCUGAGGAAUGCCGGCAAUGCCUGCACCCGUGCAGAAGGCAGCAUGCUGGGAAGCCUGGAGUUCUGCGCCGGACUGGGCACCCAACUGAUCCUCGUGCUGGGCCACAGCAACUGCAGGGCCUUGAAAAGCGCUGCCCAGGUUCGGCACGAAGGCGCGGCCGACGAGAGCCCGGUGGAUGCCUUACUGGCGUCGCUGAGCGUGGUCUGCCGAGAGGCGGAGAAGAGGCUGGGACCUGUCAGUGAGGAGGAGGUCCUCAAGCUGGCGACGGAGCUGAACGUGCUCAGGUCGAUGGACUUCCUUUUGAAGUAUAGCCGCCUGGUGCGCGAGAGGGUUCGGAAGGGCGAGCUCGAGGUCCACGGCGCGAUCUUCGACGAGACCGGCGCUGUGCGCUUCUUGGGCUGCAGCCCUCAGCAGCAGAGUUUGUUGGAGUGCGACGCGGCCCUGGACAAGGUCUUGGGCGCGUGA